AUGAGGUUGACGUGGACAACCACUCUGGUUGCUCUAUUGCUCACCGCAACCCCUUUCAUUGUCGCAGAAGACAUACACUGUGACAAAAACAAGCCCUGUGAGGUUGGUUGCUGUGGUACGAACAACGUCUGUGGCACGGGUCCAGACUACUGCAGCAAGGCCAAGUGCAUCAACAGCUGUACCUACAAAGCUGAAUGCAAUCCAGGCAAGUGGGAUUCACAGUACUUUAACGCUAUCAAGUGUCCCCUCAAUGUUUGCUGUAGCAGCUAUGGCUUCUGCGGUACCACUGAGGAGUUCUGCGGUAAAGAGACUGUUAAGAGACCCUCCUGCAGCAUUGGGUCUCAGCCAGUCAAACGCGUGAUUGGCUACUAUGGCUCUGGUGGUGCAACCCACAAAUGCAACCCAAUGAUUCCUGAUGCUUUUCCCCAGGGUAUCUACACCCACAUCUACUUUGCAUUCGGUAGUAUCGACCCCAAAUCAUUCAAGGUCCAGCCCGCCAAUGCCGGAGACGAGCAGCUUUACUCCCAACUCUCUGCACUCAAGACUCGAGACUCCGGUCAAGAGCUCUGGUUAUCUAUUGGUGGCUGGGCCUUUUCUGACAAGGGUUCUCCAACAGCCACGACCUUUUCAGACUUGGUCAAUGCCGACAAGAUACGUCAGACGUACUUCUUUGCCACCUUGACGCUCUUCAUGCAGACCUGGGGCUUUACUGGAAUUGAUAUAGACUGGGAAUACCCAGUUGAUACAGACCGCAAUGGCCGCGAGUCUGAUUUCAAGGCCUAUCCCAGGUUUUUGAAGCGGCUCAAGUCCGCACUCAAUAACUACAAGUAUGGUCUUUCUGUUACCCUGACUACUAGUUACUGGUAUCUCCAACACUUCGAUCUUGACAACAUUGAACCAUCUGUGGACUGGUUCAAUGUUAUGAGUUACGAUCUUCAUGGAGCAUGGGAUGUCGGUAACAAGUGGACAGGCGCCUUUGUUGGAGCCCAUACCAACUUGACUGAGAUCAAGAGUUCACUAGAUCUUCUCUGGCGAAACAAGGUCUCUCCGUCAAAGGUUGUAUUGGGCUUGGCAUUCUACGGCCGAUCUGUUACACUCGCAAGUUCAUCUUGCUCUGAGCCUGGCUGUCCAUACCUCUCAGCUGGAGAUGCCGGGUGUAGCGGCGAGGCCGGAAUUCUCUUCAACAGUGAGAUCUCAGAUCUCAUUCGCGAGAAGAAGCUGAGGCCCAAACUUUACAAGGACGCUGCAAUCAAGACAAUCCAAUGGAACAACGAUCAAUGGGUUUCGUACGAUGAUCGGGAUACUUGGAAGCUCAAGGCUAAAUUUCUCAAGUCUCAGUGUCUGAGUGGUGUUUUGGUCUGGGCUGUGGAUUAUGACGACGACAAGCAUUCCUACUCUAAUGGACUUGCAGCAGCACUUGGUAUCAAGGUCAACGUUGACUCUGGCAGCGGCCUCACUAUCAAGCUGCCUGAUAAGACGGAUGAGCCCAAGGACUUCUGCUACUUUACCAACUGCGGUCAGACAUGCCCUAGUGGUUACACAGAGAUUGUUCGCGGUGAUAAGGACUCGCAGAUUAUGAUGGACGGCACGGAAUGCUUGCCGGGCCAGGACCAGGUGAAAACGCUUUGCUGCCCUAAGUCCUCCAAAGUGCCAAAGUGUCGAUGGCGAGGCUACCAAGGCAAUGGACAUUGUCCAGUUGGCUGCAACGCAGGCGAAAUCGCGGUUGGCACUCAUCACAAGGGCUGCGAAAAGUCAGGAUGGCAAACCGCUUGUUGCGAUGCUACCGAAUCCACUGGGCUUUGGUCAAAGUGCUCAUGGACAGAUGAUUGCUUCGACGACAACGAUUCAACAUGCGAUAAGGGAUUCUCAACCUUUGUGGUGGGAUCUAGAGGUGGCUUCGGCGGUCAGAGGACUUGUAAGGAAGGCACGAAGUACAACUACUACUAUACCGAGACUCCCAAGGCUUUCAAGGACUACGAGUGGGUUGGCCACGAGGUUACAUUCCGCAAUUCACAAGCGUGUAGCAACGCCUAUCCCCAUAGAUCUACUCGCAUUGCUACGCAGGAUAUCAGUACGACAUAUAGCAGCUCUGACAACCUUGCCCACACUAGCAACUACAACUACGGCUUUGAAGCAUAUUGCUACGCCGGUGACAAAGAGUCCGACAAGGACGAAAGGUCCGUUAUUGAGUAUCAAGACAGAGACGCAAAAGAGUUUGACCAUGCGUUGCGAAAGUUUCUCAAGGACCCGGUUUGCCCUAAUGAAGAGCUUCAGUUCGGUAGCGAUGAUGGGUUUAGUGGCGAGCCGGAGUUCAGCCCACGGAGUCUUGUCCAUGGUCGCGCCACCGACAAUUCAGCAGAUUUGGAGGUGCUCCAACAUAUCAUGGGGGUUUGGUUUACUUCUCAAAACCCGCGACAGGAUCUGACAGACAUUUUCAACAGGGAUGUCGAGGAUGCUGGGUACGAAGGACAGGUUGCCAACCUCACCACACUUAAUCGACUGCUAUAUCAGAGCGAUUGGAAUGGCCAACCUAGAUACUCCGGUAGAGUUGUCGCAAGAAUGACACUCUGUAAUCUCGCCGAAUCGAGAGAGGGUUUGGAUAACCUAGCUACUCUUCCGGAAGCUCUAUGCAAAGUUCCGUCCAACACCGGUUCCGAAGCUCACAGGCGAGAUCUUCAAGCUCGGACGAUCAACGUUGCGGUUAUGGCAAAUCGUGGCUCCGGCAGUACCCAGCCAAGCGCUGCCUAUAUCUUCAGGGCGAUCGAACUAGGCCAUCUGAGCUUGCAUUAUACGCGCUGGCUCCCAACUGCCGGCCAAGUCAUUCUUGAGGUAGCUUACUGGAUUGGACGUUCUCCCGGUUACCGCGAUCGUACUCAUGUGAAUGCAGUUGAUCGAUGGGUCAUGUUUCACUUCCACAUUCCAUUAAACUCCAACACCUUCUGGACGGAACGGAACGGUGUGAAUGAUUACUACCUUGGUGUCUCGUCCUUCAACAUGUAUCAUAGCCAGGGCACUAGUCAACAACUUCCCUACCGAAACUACAGAGGACAAAUUGAUCACCGAGCCGAGUGGAGAUACAGCAGAUCUUGGAAUUCCGGUUCUUUCAACACAGGACGUUUCACGGACUACAAUCGGCGAAGAGAACCUUUCAACUGCAGGUGGCCGGCCCCAGGCACAACUACAGGGCCUGCUUUCUAUCUGGGCCGCGACUAUAGUAAUCGGCUUAACGAUUUACGUACCGCUGGCCGGCCUACAGAUUUGGCCAGUUUAAUCAACGAAUUUGGCAUGCGGAUUCACAGGGCGGGUAUUUUCAGAUCAAGCAACGUGGCGAUGAUGUGGCCUGAAGCCGCGAAUGGAAACCUACCUCAUGCAGGGAGCAGCUGGGGUGAUGAAGAAUACCACCCUGAUCUAGAAGCGUUUCAUAGGAACUAUGACGCUAAUGGAAAUCGGGUAAACAACGUACAAAACGCUGAUCCGUAA